AUGACUCCGGGUACCUGGGAGGAGGAGCUUCUCUCCCUCUUCCCGUCUAUCUCCAUCCUCCACCGCCCUCCGUCCUGGCUGCAGCGGUGGCAGCAACCCUACAGCACGGGUGCUGGGGAUGGGGAGAAGGGGAGCGGGGUGGAUGGGGUUGGUGGGGAGGGGGAGAAGGGGAGUGGGGAGGAUGAGGGUGUGGGUGCAGAUGGUGGUCAGCAGGGGGAGGCGGAGUGGGAGAAAUACACGCUUGAGGUUGAGGACGACCUGUUGUGGCGCGUGGAUGUGAUCAAGGUGCGUGUACAGCGGAGCAUGUAA